CGCAAACACUACAUCCGGUGUGGUGGUCGGGUCUGCUGGGAGUUUGGAGCGCCGGCCCGAGUACCGAACGAGUAGUCAUGUCGGCGUCGGUAGUGUCGGUCAUUUCGCGGUUCUUGGAAGAGUACUUGAGCUCCACUCCUCAGCGUCUGAAGUUGCUGGACGCGUACCUGCUGUAUAUACUGCUGACCGGGGCGCUGCAGUUCGGUUAUUGUCUCCUCGUGGGGACCUUCCCGUUCAACUCUUUUCUCUCGGGCUUCAUCUCUUGUGUGGGGAGCUUCAUCCUAGCGGUUUGCCUGAGAAUACAGAUCAACCCACAGAACAAAGCGGAUUUCCAAGGCAUCUCCCCAGAGCGAGCCUUUGCUGAUUUUCUCUUUGCCAGCACCAUCCUGCACCUUGUUGUCAUGAACUUCGUUGGCUGAAUCAUUCCCAUUUACUUACUUGAGGCUUUGGAGACUAGAAGAAUGUUCACUUUUUGAUUUCCCCUGGAGAAGAGCUCUUGAGAUGGCAGCUUGUUGGACACAUGGAUGUUCUUCAGAUUUACACUUGCUGCCGCCUCUGAUUUGGUGUGCAGGUGGGGAGCCCAGAGAAGUUCCCUGGCUUCCGUGUCAGAACAACUUUGUAUUGAGCAUCUGUUAACACGACCUCUGCCUUCAUUAAUUGUAACCUUUUUCCCUCCACAUUAAAAAGCUCCAUGCCACUCCUU